CUUCGACCACCAUUUUGUCGUCUUGCGUGGUGCUGGCAUAGGUGCGGUGAAGCAAGUGAGAACACAACGUAGACAUAGCUUCUCCGGCAAUGGACGGCAUUGUCAGUGAUGUUGCAGUUGGCGUAAAGAGAAGCUCAGAUGAGCUGCUGUCCGGCAGUUUGUACAACAGUCCAAAUUCUGUCACGGCCAAUGGAAAUGACAGCAAAAAGCUAAGGGUGGACGACAGGAUGGACAGCCCCCCGUCUCGAGUGCUCCACAUCCGCAAGCUUCCCAGCGAGGUGUCGGAGACGGAGGUCAUCGCCCUGGGCCUUCCCUUCGGGAAAGUCACCAACAUCCUGAUGCUGAAAGGGAAGAACCAGGCCUUCUUGGAGCUUGGAACAGAGGAGGCGGCCGUUACCAUGGUGAACUAUUACACGGCAGUGACGCCUCACGUUCGCAACGUUCCUGUGUUCAUCCAGUACUCCAAUCACAAAGAACUCAAGACAGACAAUGCCCUCAACCAGCGUGCCCAGGCUGUGCUCCAGGCAGUUUCAGCUGUGCAGUCUGGAGGCACACCCACUUCAGGGUCGACGGCGAGUGAGAGCGCACUCACCCCGGCUCCCAGCCCCGUGCUCAGAAUCAUCAUCGACAACAUGUUCUACCCCGUCACCCUCGACGUUCUGCAGCAGAUUUUUUCAAAGUUUGGCACCGUCAUGAAGAUCAUCACAUUCACAAAGAACAAUCAGUUUCAAGCAUUGCUGCAGUUCAGCGAUCCCGUCAACGCCCAGCAAGCCAAACUCUCCUUGGACGGUCAAAACAUCUACAACGCCUGCUGCACGUUGCGCAUCGACUUCUCCAAGCUGAUCAACCUGAACGUGAAGUACAACAACGACAAGAGCCGGGACUACACCAGGCCGGAGCUGCCGGCCGGAGACGGCCAGCCUGCCAUCGACCCGUCGGUCGCUGCCGCGCUCAGCAAGGACUCCUCGUCACUGCUGGGUACCCCUUCCGGAAUGGUGGCUUCCUACUCUAGUGGUGGAGGGUUUCCUUCUUCUCUUGGGUUUGGACAGGGAGGAGGGGCGCUGAGUCCGUUAAGUGCGGCAGCGGCGGCCGCGGCGGCCGCGGGGAGAGUGGCGCUGUCCGGACACUCGGGCACCAGCGGCGUGCUCCUCGUCAGCAACCUGAACGAAGAGAUGGUUACGCCCCAAAGUCUGUUUACCCUCUUCGGGGUUUACGGUGAUGCUCAGCGUGUGAAGAUACUGUACAAUAAGAAAGACAGUGCACUCAUACAGAUGGCAGAUGGGAAUCAAGCUAAGCUCGCCAUGAGCCACCUGAACGGGCAGAAGAUGUACGGGAAGAUAAUCCGGGUGACCCUGUCCAAACACCAGACGGUACAGCUGCCCAGGGAAGGCCUGGACGACCAGGGGCUCACCAAGGACUUCACCAACUCGCCGCUCCACCGCUUCAAAAAGCCCGGCUCCAAGAACUUCCAGAACAUCUUCCCUCCCUCUGCCACCCUCCACCUGUCAAACAUCCCACAAGAUGUUACUGAAGAGGACCUCCGAUUACUCUUCUCCAAUUCUGGUGGCACUGUGAAAGCCUUCAAAUUCUUCCAAGAUCACAAAAUGGCGCUCCUGCAGAUGUCGACCGUUGAAGAAGCCAUCCAGGCCCUGAUUGACCUCCACAAUUACAACAUGGGGGAAAACCAUUACCUGAGGGUGUCCUUCUCGAAGUCAACCAUCUGAAUCGCACUUGACGGAAUGACCAACACCUUCACGCUCGCGUUUGUCGCUAACCUGUCGACUGUUUCCACACACUGGGGACCACAGUUUGACAUUUUAAUUUCUUUUUUUUCUUUUUUAUCAGUCAUUCCUCAAGGAAAAUGUAAUCGAUUAUCGGAAAACAAAUAUGCCAGAAAAAAGAUGCUGAAGUCUGCUUUGGAGGCGUCCCCUUAUUUGUACAUUAGGCAGGCCGUCAACUGUCCAUUUUUUCACACCAAGGAAGCAACCUUUUUUUUUUUUGUUAGAUUGAAUUGAAAAGCAAUGUGCCUUACUUCACAAAAUAGCGUCGACACAUUACAUCUGUACGUUUGCGUAUAUGUGGGUAGUUUAGGCACAUUCAUUCUAUUAAUGUAAGUAGAUGUAUAAAUGUUAGAAUUAUUUUCUUCAUGCUUACGUGUACAGUUUGUGUUUUGCUGUAGAAGUGUAGAUAUUAAUAGCUCAUUGAUUUAUUCAAUUCUGCACAUUGGGUUUUUUCUUUCUGCCAUUUUUACCCUGGUUUAUGAAUUCAUUGCCCAAGAUCGGGAAAGACAUGAGGAGUGUUUUUUGUUUUGUUGUUUUUUUUUUUGCACGAAGGAAUCGCAUUUCUCUGUUUACUUGCUUUAUCCAGACAACCAAAGAUAAAGCUUGUUCUAAUUGAAAUUUAUUUGAAAAUUGAAGUUAAACAUCAUUAACCUUUUUUUCUGUUUCAAUGCCACAAAGUUUAGGAGUUUAGUGUAAGUGUUUCACACAUCAUCCGGACAUGCUUUAUAGAUGUCAAUCGACCUUAAUUGCAUACGUGCAAUUUUUGCCAUUUAUUUUUGUUUGUCUAUGGAUUGACAGUGGCUGCAAAGUUUUGAGCAUGUGCUGACAGGUCUAGUUAGUUCCGGAACAAACCACUGUUGCAUGCAUUAUACAGAGCUAAUGGAAGUGAGUUGAGCAUUGCAUUCUGGCUAAGGUAAAGUCAUCAUCUUGCUGUCAACUGAAGAGGACUACCUGUUGGGACCAAAGUUUAUGUGCCUUUAGUCUUAAUUUACAUUGCAUUAUAUAAUUCAGUUUUAUUGAACCUCUGGGAAAUAAAUUUUGUAUUUAAAAUAAAAAAAUAGGGAAGAGUACGGACUGUGAGUCUUGGAACGGGAUUCUUUAUCGCCAAGAGUUUCGCCAUAACCUCAACCUGUAUCCACCAUUACUUAAAGAAUCUCCUCUCCUCUCUCAAAACGGUGAAAAAUAAAAAAUGAAAUGAAAAGAAAAGAAUUCUGUGGUUUAUGUUGGGGACAAAAAAUGUUUUCUACAUCAAUUGAGUUUUUACAUCUUUAGAACUGUAAAAUUCAGCAUAGUUUGGAAGCAGAACAAUUAAAAGUACAUUUUUCUAACAAGCGGGGAGGUUUGACGGUCUUGUUUGUUUUUUCUCUCUUGCUUGUACGCUGCUUUACCUCUGUAGCAUGCUCAAUAAACACUUCUCUAGCUCUGUA